UAUUUUAUAAUACAUGUUUGAUGAUUGCAUUGUUUGUCAGAUAGAAAAGCAUUAGUCUGUUAAAACAUUUAUAGAUAAUUGAAGUAUACAUGUGACUGAAAGGUUUGCAUGAGUCAGUUGAUGAAUGCCAAGACAUAAUGAACUUUUCUUGGUGUGUUAUCUAUCUUUUAGUUAUUAGUUUCUUAUUUUACAGGACUACCUGUCAAGGUAAAUUAAAUAAGUAAAAUAAUAAUCGCUAAUUAGUAUUAAUUUUCAUAUUAUGAAUAAAUUAGAGAGCGUCGAAUAUCGGCUCGUGAAGCGACUUUUUAAAGAUUAUAAUAAAGAUGUUAGACCUAAAAAGGAUCCUACAAAAGCUAUAUAUGUCGAUAUUGCAUUUUACUUGGGUAAAAUUGAUCAACUGAAUGAAAAAGAGCAAUACCUUAUGUCUUACGGAUGGUUAGGAUUGAGCUGGUUUGAUGAGUUUCUAAAAUGGAAUAAAACGGAAGAAAAAGUAGACUAUAUAAUUGUUCCUUACGACAAAGUUUGGUUACCUGAGCUCUGUUUAAAGAAUAGUAUUACUGAGAGCAAUGAUCUAACUGUGAAGCUUAAGUAUAAAAUAAAAGUUCAACAUAAUGGAAAUGUAGUAUAUGUACCCGGAGCAAACUUCCUAACAAGUUGUAAAGUUCAAUUAACUUAUUUUCCUUUUGAUGUGCAAGUUUGUCAUUUGGAAUUUGUGAAAUGGAUGACAUUCAACGAUCAAAUGGAGUAUAGGAACUCAACCACCGAUGUAAACUUGCAAUUGUUUGUACAAAAUCACGAAUGGACAAUACUGGAGACAAAGAGUGGAGUAAAACCCGUCAUCGUUGCAAACAAAGGGGGUUUAGAUUUGUUUUAUGCAACCAUAGUUUUAAAGAGAAAGCCUCUAUAUUACACAAUGACGCUGACGUUUCCUCUAUGCCUAACAACAAUUCUAACAUUCUAUAUGUUCCUUUUACCUUGUGAGAGCGGAGAGAAGGUUUCUUUAGGUAUUAGCGUCCUCUUAUCGUAUUCUGUAUUAUUACUUUUAAUAUCGGAUAUUUUACCACGGAAUUCAGAGACUGCUCCAUUGCUAAGUAAGUUUAGCUGUAUAAUUCUUAAUAAGCAUCCCAGUGUAAUCACUCCAGAAAACUUUUAUAGUGAUAAUUGUUCUCAUGAAUAUGACAUUUACGGCGUUUUGUCUUCUUAUAACGGUAAUUAUCAUAAAUAUUCAUCAUCAUUCACCGGAGAAGCCAAUGCCUUCAUGGUUAAAAACUUUUCUUUUCGACUACGUGGCCAAUCUAGUGUUUUGUAAAAUAUGCGUUUGUCGAAAGAAAAUUGACUGUAAAUGUGAUGAUAAGAUGGGAUUGGAGAAAAAAAAUGCUUUUAAUGAAAACAUUAAUGAAUUUUAUACAACUGUAAAUUUAUCUAAUGAAGUAAAAGAAUUCAUUAGGAAGAAAAUAGCUGACGAUACCGAGCAAGAUAGUUUAGAUAAAAGUCGAAAGGAGUGGAAUAAAGCGGCCAGAAUUCUAGAUAGAUUUUGGGCAAUAUUGAUGUCAGUUGUUUUAGUAAUAUACCUGUCCAUUAUUCUUAAUCAUUUGGCUACAGCUGGAAAUAAUUAUACAACUGAAGAUAAUCUCAGUUAAAGUUACGUUUGAAAUAUCCGUCGUAACGUCGAAAGAUGAAAUUCAAACAUGACACUUAAAAAUAUGAAAUUUUCAAGAUAACUACCAUUUUCCCUUGAGAGGUUUUUUCUCUUGUUUAUAUAACAAAUUUUAAUGUUUAUAUUAACUCGAAAGAAAUAAAACAUCUU